GCAGCGCAGACGACGAAGGUGGUGUGGUGGUGAUUCCGAAGAGGAGAAGGCACACCACGAGCACAAGGCAGGCAGGCAUGUCGCUCAAGGCAUGGCUCACACGCCAGACCACCAGCGUGGACAAGGGCAAUGAGGAGGAUGAGACCAAGAAGAAGACGAAGAAGGAGACACCGUCAGAACAACUCGGAGUGCCGCCUGUGUCUCUCAAGGAUCGCUUGAAGACGCAGACGAAGCCUCAGCCAAGCGCAGCUGCUCCAGGCUCCCUCAAAGAUCGCUUGAAGCUGCAGGCACAACAGGCUGGCCCAACACCGAGUGCGGCCACUGCCCAUUCGUUAGCAGAAGCGAAAAGUGGAGGCAGCAAUGGCACCGGUAGACGAAGGAGCAGUAGCAGCGGUAGCAGCAGCGACGGCGACACCGCGGAGGCUGCGAAGAAGCAAACGCCCAAACCCCACAAGCCGCAUCGCAAGCUGGAAAGCAAGCUUGAAGACAACGGGCCCAUCUCCGCAUCCCCUCGAGCAUCGUCCACCACGUCGUCAUCGGCGUCCCCAGCUGCCACUCCGCAGCGCGCAGCGCAACAGCAGCCGCCCCCGCUGCCACGCGAGCCCAUCCCUCCGUUUGUGCACUUUGCAGUCAAGCACAGGAAGAGUGUGAUGGAGAAGAACCCAAAGCUCACUUAUCUCGCUGCGAACAAAGUGCUGCGGGACAUGUACAUGAAGCAGCCGGCGGCGGUGCGGCAGCCGCUCGAGGACACGUACCAGCAGGAGCUCACAGCGUGGCGCAGGCAGCAGCAGAGGAAGAAGAAGAAGGCAGCGGGGGCAGAGGGGGAUGAGAAGAAGGGGGAUGCCAGCGGCGCCAUGGACGAGGAGAGCGAUCACGAGGUUGACGUGCUGGUGGAGAGCGAUGAUGGUGCUGAUGACGAUGCAGACUCAAGGGACACGCACGCGACGCGCAAGGACACGGGCCGCAAGGCAGCGGCAGCAGCAGCAGCGAAGACACAGCAGGCGAGCAAGCGGAAGGCGACCAGCAAGGCAAAGCCUGCAGCCAAGGGCGCGCGUGCCUCUGCAGAGAAAGCAGCGAACAGUGACGACGCGGGGAAGAAGGCGAAGCGAAAGCCAGCAGCGAAGAAGAAGGGCCAGGACAAGGCAAAGAAGGCCAAGACACUUGACAGCUUUCUCAGGCCAAGGGACCCGACGCAGCCGGUGAGUUUUCCCGAGCGGACAGAGAAGCUGUCGCUGCGACAGAAGAAGUUUUUGUCAAAAGCGGAACGCGAGCAGCUGGCACGCGAACGCGCAGAGGAGAAGGAACGCAAGAAGCUGGAGAGAAAGAAGAAACUGGCGGCGCAGCGGCGGGCAAAGGAGGAGGAGGCGCGACGGAAGAAACAGGAGAAGAGCGCUGAGCCCUUGAACGACGAGGACUUUAAACACAACCGCUCGCUGCCGCGCGGACGACGAACACCAACGCGGUUCCAGGGAGAUGCGUUCACACACGCGAUGAUGGUGCUUGAGUUUGUAACCAACUUCAGCAAGGGCCUCCCCUCAGCAGACCACGUCAAGUCCCUCUCCAUCGAAUCCCUCGAGGCUGCGCUGUUCAACACAGAUGACCCGACCCCGGCAAACGCCAUCCUCGCCAACAUUCUCAUUGCUCUCCUUGAAAUUGACGAUGGCCCCUGCGCAACAAACGUUGACAUUGGCUGUGGCAUUGACGUCGCCGACCUGCCCCUCAACAAAGAAACCGCAUCAGAGGUGCUGCGGCGGUAUCUGCUUGCCAUGCCCUCGGAGUACAUCCCCUGGCAACCCGAUGGCAUCACACAGAUUCUUGCAGAUGGCGACUUUGCAAUGCUUUCCCCAAACCAAAAGAUUAAGGUGCUUGCGUUCCUAUGCGAUCAGCACAUGGACAACGACCACGUUGUUGAGGUGCUUGAAGAUGCGCAGGAGAAGAUUACGGCACAGAAGCGAAAGCGCUUUUACCUCCAACGCGAACGUGCCGCUGCUGCACGUACACUCAAGGACCUCAAGUCCGGCAAGGCCCAGGUUGAGAGCGAUGAGGCGCUUGCGCGGCGACUGGCCGGCCUCUCCAACACGCGCAGCACCCCGUCCAGCGAGGCAGAGAAGGCGCUGACCAAACUGGAGGACGACCUGCACAAUGCGGAGACGAAGCUCGCUGAUCUGCAGUUUGCGUGGGGCCCGCGCUGUGUUGGCCGAGACAGGGACUUCAACUCGUACUUUGUGUUCACGUGCAUGCACGGCCUGUACCGUCGCUCCGCCCACACCACCAUGCGCACGGACGAGGACGACGGUCAUGGUCAUGGUCAUGGUCAUGGUGACGUGUGGCGGGUGUACAUUACGCGCGCGGAGCUGGACGAGCUGCUGGAGACAUUGGACCCGCGCGGGCGACGAGAGAAACAGCUGAAGACUGCGGUAGGCGCAAUCCUGUCCAAGGAGUACCUCACGUGCCUCUCCCACGCAGACCUCAACCAGGUCACCAGCAACAACAACGACGACGGCGACGACGACGAGGAUCGCAUCGCCGCAGCCCCUCUGCAGGAUGCGGCGGCAAUUGAGGAGAAGCUCCUCGAACAAACGCGCGACGACGUGCGCGACACAUUCACAAGCCUUGUGGAGCAAGGCAUUGACAGCGUUGUUGACGUUGGUGACAAGAUCACAGAGGCGCAGACAUACGCUGAUCUUGCGUCAUGCAUCCACACCAUGCUGCAACGCCUUGAUGACACGUGGCUGCAAGAGCCGAUUGGCAGCGCAUCAGACAAAUUGGAGCUCUUUGAAUCAUUCCCGCGCAUGUGCGAGGAAUGCACUUCUGCAUCUCAGGUCCAAGUGUUGAACCACCUGCUGUACAACUCGAUCAAAUGGGACGCCGCAAGCACGCAGCGACGGUCUGCACGCUUGCAGCGAUAUCCGUCACACGAGCCGCGGCGAACAACCCGACGCGCAGCUGCAGUGGCGUCGGCCAGGCAACGCGCCAUGAUCGAGGCCUGGGACCACGACGACGACGAAGAGGAGGAGGAAGACGAAGAGGAGGAGGAUACGGAGGAGGAGGAGUCGAGUGGCAGCAGUGGCAGCGACGAUGAUGACGAGGAAGAGAGCAAUGAUGGCCGGCGGCGCAGCAGUCGCACAAGCUCGCGCUCAUCUCGUCGCAGGACGUUUUCACCGCCGCGGGAAAUCCAAGGCGUUGCUGUGAACACGUCGCACACAGCCAGUUCGUCGCGUGGCGGUCGGGCGGUGAAGGAGAUGCAGUGCUGUGAGGCGAUUCUGAAGAGCUUACGCAAGUGCGAGCACGCGUGGCCAUUUCUCACUCCCGUCACAGAGAAGGAGGACCCUGACUAUGUGAAGCACGUGCAAAACCCCAUGGACUUUCAAACCAUCAUGACACAGCUCGACGCGCGACAGUACGUGAAUGCGCAGACGUUUGCUGUGGAUGUGCAGCGUGUUGUGGAUUGCUCCCUUGGCUACUAUCUCCCGGAGACUGAAGAAUACGCGGCCGCACUGGCCAUUGAGAAGGAGUUUCACCGGUUGUGGAAGGAGGCGUUUGGCGAGCGCCAGCCAUUGCCACAGACAAGCGUUCCAGAUCGAACCUUGCCUGAAGACCAAAGCGACAGCACAUAAAGUAGCAAGAACCACAAGA